ACGAGUCACAAAAAUAGCGCCCCGAGUCCGACUCGAGUCCAAGUCAAGUGACUCGAGUCAACAACUCUGUCAUAUUAGCCACAACUUACCUCUUCCCAAAGAGAGGAAAAAAGAGGACAAUUGUGUUUAAAGUGAGGAAAAUCCCUAUUUUUGCCGCCGAUACAUGACUACACCACUGGACCUGAGUAAGUCCACACAACAACCAGGUCCACAUAGCGUCUUUGCUGGAGCGUGAGGACAUCAGACUCGUGUCCAAACAAGCAAUGCCCGCCUAUCGCCAAGGCUAACUGUGUUAUAUUCACUGUACUUGACCCUUGCGCUUUACCCCAUGACUUGCGUAUUACAAAGACCAAGUACAAGCCGCAGACUCAAAGCGCUUGACCCUCUUGCACUCAGAUCUUUUGCAGAGUACAGUGUGCUACAUGUACUACUACUAGAACCACUCAAUCACAGAUAUUGCUCAGGCUGAGUUUGAGCGUCAUCUGUUCACAAUGGUGUUGACGGUUUACGGACAUCAACUAUCCGAGCCUUCUCGCAGUGUCUAUCUGUUCUGUAAGGUUGCGAAAAUUCCUCACACGACGAUCAAUGUUGACUUGUUACACGAGGAACAUAAACAAGAAGCCUACCUGGCGAUCAAUCCGUUAGCCGUAGUGCCCAGCAUCGUAGAUGAUGACUUCAAACUGUCUGAAUGUAUGUCGAUCUUGAAGUAUCUGGCGCGCAAAUACAAAGUGGCCGAUCACUGGUACCCAGAAGACUUGAAGGUGCGGGCCAAAGUCGACCAGUAUUUAGACUGGCAGCACACUGGUGUCCGUAAAACCAACAUUGAUUGUCUCAUGCUAUUCUUAGGCCCUUUGAUGGGUGGAAAGCCGAUCGACGAAGCCGAAAUGGCCGAAAAGAUCGAGAUGUUCGACAAGUCUCUUGGAACUAUCGAGAAAGUGUUUCUCGGGGACAAGAAGUAUGUUGCUUCGGAUGAAAUCAGCAUCGCCGACAUUUGCUGUUUGUCCGAGGUCAUGCAGAGCGUCUCUCUCCUCCGAAGUCGCACCGAUUUGCUGGCCAGCCACCCAAAGCUCGCUGCUUGGAAGGAGAGAGCUGUGGAGAAGCUCAAUCCCGACUACGAUGAGGUUUUCAAGCUUCUCUCUGAGUUUGCUGCCAAUCCACAGACGGACCUCUUGUAAUUCUGCAGGAAAUACGCACUAGUGCUCCCCAAUUUGGACUGUAUUAAGCAAGUGUCUCUGUUCGACUCGACUCUCAUAUCCCAAUCAGUGCAUAUGCCACUCCAUAACCAAAAGGAAAAGGAAAGUCAUGAAUGCUUUUAAUAAAUAAAGAGCGAAUGUUUGCAAAACCUAGGUUGCCUGCAAAUGUAGUUUUUACACUUUAAAGUGAUGUCAUCCAAUUUUUAAUCCAUUGCAACAAAGCUCCCCAUUUUGUUCGCGACAGUUAGGCCUACGUAGCUUAAAAACAGUUAUAACGAUAGACAUACAAUUUAGUUUCACUGUUUUACCUUAGGUCUUGUGUUGUAACGUCAGCUGGUGCAUUCUUUCACGAAAAAACAUCCAAGAUUACGAGACUACACAAAUCACCGUGUUGCUGCAUCGAUAAUCAGUUCCUCCUAAGUGAACAAGUUCUUCUCACGAAGGAGUAAUUUGCAUUUCUUAAGAAAAGAUUUGUAUCCAUGUAAAUUUAAUUUGCACGUCGUUCAGGUGAUCCUGGAAAAUUACAGACAUUGAUUAUAAAGCGAUUAACUGCUCAAAAUGUCACGUCAGUCUUCAUUUGUGUCAAAAAAACCCGAUUGUACUUGUCAACCGACUCAUCUGAAAAUUGACGUGUAAAGGGUUGUUUGUUAGUGUUUUCGUUUAUCAUCCCAAAAUAUUUUUGCUACUUUCUAAACUCAGCCAUCUUUCUGAGCUGCUUUCUCAGAGUGCAUCUGCGGGUCGUGGGCCACUGCAUUGUGGUUGACGCGUCAUAAUUAUUUGGAUUAUGUCUCAUCAUAAGGGCAUAAUUAUUCAACAUAGUCUGUAUCUUCAUGCACAUUAACACAUUUUUUAGUUGUUCAAGUUCGUAAUUGAUUUCUUCCGUAUACAUGCUUUUUGGGAAGCAACUAACUUUCAUAUCUUGGAGCGAUAUUAUUGGAGAGAAGCACUGUCUCAAUGAAGCUCUUAUAGUUUGAUCCACUCUCCUUGGCUGAACGGAGAAAUCGUCAACUCCUCAGUGUUGGCACAAAACUUUUAAAUUUUCACCGUGACAGACCUUUGCUUUUUAUCUUUUGCAUGUCUAAUGGCCCUCAUGUAGGCCUAUAAAUGUAUUUUAAAGCGUAUAUUUCUUUUUUUGGAAGUGACCCUUUCAGCUGUUUGUGUUUGGCAAUCUUUGUUUUUGUAAACCAAUAAAUACAAUGCAGUAUCUCCCGGGGAUCUUCGACAUUAUGAAUAGCUUAAACAA